UCCAUUAGUAUAAAGUAUAUAAACCAGAGGCGUUUCAAAAUCUUGUCAUUACCGAAAGGGGGAAAAGAACAGAGGUCCAUGUGUUUUCUAUGUGCCUUCUCAGUGCCCACAUUCUCUUUAUCACUCAAAUCAAAUGCAACUUCCCGUGGGCGACUUGGACUUUCUGCACAUUUUAAAAUCCACAACUCUGCUUCCAACAGUUUUCAGGUAUGAUGAGUAUAUUACAAGAUAGGGGAUAAAUAACACAAGAAGCAACAACUGACCGGAGAUCCUCAGGAAAAAAAAAAACCCAUCAUUUAUUUUUCGCUUUCUUUUCCGUUCCCAGUUUCCAUGGCCAAGAAAGUUAAUUAAAAAAAACCCAUGUCAUGAAUACCUCUGUUGCAGUCCCCCUUUUCUCUCUUGAAAUCUGUGAUUCUGUUUGGAUUGUUGCAAAGGCCACAGAAAAGUAGUACACCAGUUUCUGUGCUUUCACCAUAACUUCUGUUGCCUUUUGUUUUGGAUUUUCUGUUGGGGGGUAAGGUAAUACUAGUACUCACUCUUACCCAUUGGGGAAAAAAGCUUUGCAGAGUUCUGCUGCUCCCCUUAAUCAACUCCCUUUUUAUCAUUUUGCUUCCCAAGAAAACAAUUUCUUUCUCAGGAAAGAAACAAGUCCUUUUUCUUCUUAUAUAUUUUGGAAGUUGGGUUUCGGAUUGUUUCAAAAGUUUUUUUGUCACUACCUAUUUUGUGUAUUGAGCUAACAAGCAAUGGAAGAUGGAACUGGGAGGUUUUUCAUCAACAGAAGUGGCACUGGAGGGAAUCCAAAAAGAGGUGGAGAUUUUGAAGAAGAAGAUGUGUGGAGCAUAGAGAUGGAGAGAUCGGAGGAUUCAAGUCCAGGAAUGGGGAAAUCAAAAGCCAAGGACUCAACUGGUCCUAGAAUGAUCCCAAGGGCUAAUUACAGUCCAAAAGUGGCUCAGCAGUCAUCAGCUCCUGUGAACAUUCCUGAUUGGUCAAAGGUUUAUGGGAGUCAUGGCAACUCAAACAAGGGGAAGAAGAUGUAUCAUGGUUUCCUUGAUGAUGCUUAUGGUGAUGACGGUGGUGAUGAUGAUGAUGAUGAUGGUGAGAUGGUGCCUCCACAUGAAUACAUGGCAAAGAAGCUAGCAAGGAGUCAGAUCUCUUCCUUUUCCAUGUGUGAAGGGAUUGGGAGGACUCUUAAAGGAAGAGACCUCAGCAAAGUGAGGAAUGCCAUCUUAACCAAAACUGGUUUCUUGGAGUAAUUUGUUGGAUUGUGAUUUUCACAUUUCAAAAAUUGAUAGAAGGGCUCCAAAACUGACUGUGUUAAUACACAAAACGACGUCGUUUUGGAGCUCCUCUAUCAAUUUUUGGAGUGUUAAAAUCAAUUUCCUAAUUUGUUUUACUAAAAGAUAAUCUUUCAUUUUUUUUUCUAUGCCCAUUAGUUCAUCAUCUAUCAUCACCAUGAUUUUGCGAUCACAUCACCAUCUUCAUAUUCAUCACGGCCAAAAGGUCCUUUUUUGUUGUAUUUCCUUUAGUUGUUACACAUGUUACAUGUGUAGUGUAACGUGGUGGGUGGAGCCGGGGACCAAUAUAUGGUGGUAUAGAGAUGGAUGAGUCAAAUUGCGCACUACGCGUGCACGGCUGAGUCCCGUGGAACUCUGGAAAUGAGAUUAUAAGUCAGUGCUGCCCCUUUCAGAGAAUUUUUUUGGGGUAUUUUUUCCUUUUCAGAAGAAGAGGGGAAGAAGAAAGUAUUGGCAGCCUCUGAGAUUUUGUCAGGUACAUUAGUGUAUUGUGUAUGGAUAGUAUCUGCAUACUUUUUUGUAUGGGGGAAUUAAGUUGAUUUCCGGAUGAUAAAAAAAAAAAGAAAAA